GCGCCCUCGGCCCCGCGGCCGCCGCGGCCGCGCAAGGAGCCGCAGCCGCUGGUCAUCCCGCGCAGCGCGGCCGAGGAACAGCGCCUGCGCCUGGAGCGCCUCAUGAAGAACCCGGACAAGACUGUUCCCAUCCCCGAGAAACUGAGUGAAUGGGCGCCGCGACCUCCCCCAGAGUUUGUCCGAGAUGUCAUGGGUUCUAGUGCUGGAGCUGGCAGUGGUGAAUUCCAUGUGUACCGCCAUCUUCGCCGGAGAGAGUAUCAGAGACAGGAUUUUAUGGAUGCAAUGGCUGAGAAGCAAAAACUGGAUGAGGAAUUCCAAAAGAAAUUGGAGAGGAAUAAGAUGAUUGCAGAGGAGCAGACAGCGAAACGCAGAAAGAAGCGCCAGAAGUUGAAAGAGAAGAAGCUGCUGGCUAAGAAAAGUAAACUAGAACAAAAGAAGGAAAAAGAGUCUGACCAGUCGCAAGAGCAACAGUCCAGUGAGGAAGAGGCAGAUGAUACGAAGGAGGAGGAAGAGAAGGAAGAUGAUGCAGAAGAGCCAAGCUUUGUGAUGGGAAGAGGAUGAUGCAAUUGCAGUGGCAGCUGGAAACAACAUUCAUUGCUUUAUAUUCAGGAGCAUGAAAAUCUUUCAUCUCAGCCGGGCAGAAUCCAUCGGCAUAUGUUGUACCUGCUUAACGGUGGAGGUGUGACCUUCGCAUCUGAGUUCUGAAGGGUUUUUUGGUAGAUGCCAAAUAACAGAAUUUUCUUAACUGCUUGUAAAACUGCUGUGCAGUCUGCUAUAAGGUUGCUCUAAAGAGUCAGCCAUGAGUCUUUGUGACCCUAGAGUUCUUUUUAGCAUGGCCCAAAGCAUUUGCUGUCUGAAAGCUAAACCAUAUUCAUCAGCAGACAAGGUUCUUUGGGCGAAUCAUAUUCAUCAGCAUUUAAGGCAAAUUCUACUGUGAGGGCCAUGAUACCCAACUUCCACUGAAAUUGAUAGAAUUAGGAUGUAUGAAUCUAAGGGCAAAAGCUAGCCUGUAGCAGAGAAUGGUUUGGCCCCAAAUUUCCCUGCACUGUGAGUGUUUUCAGUUUAGGGGUUUGUGACAAGCCCAUCUCUAACCCAAAGAAAUUAGUUUAUGAUCCUAGGCAGGUUCUAUAGAAUUUUUUUUAACGGGUGAUCCCUUUUUUAUUACUUGGAUGUGCCCUACAAUUUUCUUCUAAAUUUUUCUAAUUAAUAAAAAGGGAAUGUCUCUCA